AUGGGCGUCCGCGGCGGUUUCUGGAAGGCCCUGCAGCCGUACGCGCGGCAGGAAGGCAGCGGGUAUCUCCGCGGCCGCCGCGUCGCCGUCGACCUCUCGUCGUGGAUCGUCUCCGCCAUGAGCACCAAGUCGCCCACCCGCCGCAACAUCUUCUUCCGCACGCUGUCGCUCUUCUCCAAGAUGGGGGCGUUCCCGGUGUUCGUCUUGGACGGCAUGCCGUCGCCUCUCAAGGCCAGGGCCACGAGUGACCCCUUCACGCGAUGCGUCCACGAAUGUGUGCAACUGCUUGGGCAUCUGGGAAUGCCCAUACUCCGGGCAAAGGGCGAGGCCGAAGCACUCUGCGCUCAGUUGAAUCGUGAGGGUAAGGUGGACGCCUGCAUUACCUCUGACAGCGACGCCUUCCUCUGUGGAGCCCAUACUGUCAUCAAAGUGUUUCGCUCCAAUGCAAAGGAACCUUUCGAGUGCUACAACAUGGCACACAUCCAGGAUGGCAUUGGGUUGACUAGGACACGAAUGAUCGCCAUGGCGCUUCUUAUCGGCAAUGACUAUGAUCUGCAGGGGGUGCCUGGUGUGGGUCUUGAGACCGCUCUUGACUUUGUGCAAUUGUUUCAUCAAGACAACAUCUUGGAUGAGUGA